UUAAAAUGAAUAAUAUUAGGAUGAUAACGUUUAAACUAUUAAGAACAUUUGUUACUAAAUCAAGACCUGAAUCUGUUGGUGUACAAGGAAAGAUAAAAUUAACAAAAAUGUAUAAAAGUGAUGCUAAAGUAAUAGCAGAAGAUGACAUAGAAGUAUAUGGAUCUGAUUUCAUGAAAAUUACUGAUUCUUAUAUAAAUCAUAAUAGAGAAGAACUAGCAGCUAAAGAACUGUUAAAACGCCGUGUUGUUAAAAGUAAAGUUUUCAAUGAAAUAGAACCAAGUUUUCUUACAUAUAUUGAAAAAGAUCAAAUAAAGAAAUUACAUGAAAAUAAUCCUGAAGAAUGGACACUUGAAAAACUCAGUGAAAGUUUUCCAGCUUUACCUAAAACCAUAAGAAAAGUGUUAAAAGCAAAAUGGGUACCAAAAUCAAAAGAAAGAAUUCUUCAGUAUGACAAUAAAGUUAUUAAAAAUUGGAAACAGUUAAAGACUGGAAAAUUAAAAGUGAAUUCUAUCUUAAAACAACAUUUAAUGAAAUUUAAAAAUAGAAAAAUUCUUUUAACUGACAGAGAACCUUUAAUAGAGAAAUUUAUAUCACCAAAGAUUGAGUAUCCAAAACCCAAAUCUUUUUUUUUUUCAAAUAUUAUAAAAAAUAAUAUUAAUGAUGAACCAGUAAUAAAAAAUAAAUUGCUAAUUUGUUCACAAAAUAAUACAAAUAAAGAUGACAAGAACUAUAAUUCAAGAGACAAAAAAAAUGUGAGAUUAGGCCAGACAGUAACUAAUGAUUUGAUACAUAAGCUAACAAAGAAUAAUACAAAACAGGAAGCAUUAAUUUUUGAAGAAUUCUUAAAAAUGAAAUUGAAUAGUUCAGAUGAAAUAUCUUAUGAAGAAAGGUUAACAUUGAUUGAUACCUAUAAAAAAUAUAUAGAUUCUAAAAACAUAGAGAAUAUAGGUUCUAAUAUGUUAAACAAUAGUACAGAGAACACUAGUAUUGAAGAAAAAAGCCUUAGUACUAUAAAGAAUUCAUCUAAUGAAUGUACAUUGAAUGCUAAGGAAGAUACAACUGAAUUUAAAAUAACAAUGAAAAACAACAUUGAACAUACAAGUUUAGAUACCUAUGUAAAAGAAAGAAACUCAUUUGUGGAUAUGAAUUUUGAAUAUGUGAAGUGUAUAAAAAUUCCUAAAAAUGUGUAUAGAAAAGGUAUGACAUAUAAAAUAAAGGAUUGUUAUUAUGAUGAUGAUGGAGAGUUCCUGUAUAGAAUACCUGGAUUGAAAGUCUAA